CCGCCACCGCCGCCCCGGCUGGCGCGCUGACAUUACUGCAUUCGCGGGGUUCAAGGCGGCUCGGAGCCGGGCCUUUAUUUCUCGUCUGCAGCGCUCAGCACCGCGCCUCGAAAAGCCAAACACCAGAGUACCCUAGAAAGCUGAACUAAAAGAAUGCUCAUGUUUGACCCAGUCCCUGUCAAGCAAGAGGCCAUGGACCCUGUGUCGGUGUCCUACCCAUCCAGUUACAUGGAGUCAAUGAAGCCCAACAAGUACGGCGUCAUCUACUCCACCCCGUUGCCGGAUAAGUUCUUCCAGACCCCGGAGGGCCUGUCGCACGGGAUGCAGAUGGAGCCGGUGGACCUGACCGUGAACAAGCGCAGCUCGCCGCCCUCCGCGGGCAGUUCUCCUUCGUCGCUGAAGUUCCAGCCCUCGCACCGGAGAGCCUCGCCCGGCCUGAGCAUGCCUUCCUCCAGCCCGCCCAUGAAGAAGUACUCGCCGCCUCCCCCGGGCGUGCAGCCCUUUGGCGUGCCGCUGUCCAUGCCCCCGGUCAUGGCCGCCGCCCUGUCCCGCCACGGCAUCCGCAGCCCCGGGAUACUGCCCGUCAUCCAGCCCGUCGUGGUGCAGCCGGUCCCCUUCAUGUACACCAGCCACCUCCAGCAGCCGCUCAUGGUCUCCUUGUCGGAGGACAUGGAGAACUCAAACAGCAGCAUGCAAGUACCUGUAAUUGAAUCAUAUGAGAAGCCUAUAUUACAGAAAAAAAUUAAAAUAGAACCUGGGAUUGAACCACAGAGGACAGAUUAUUAUCCUGAAGAAAUGUCACCCCCUUUAAUGAACUCAGUGUCCCCCCCACAAGCACUGUUGCAAGAGAAUCACCCGUCGGUCAUAGUGCAACCGGGAAAGAGACCGUUACCUGUGGAAUCUCCGGACACCCAGAGGAAGCGGAGGAUACACAGAUGUGACUACGACGGGUGCAACAAGGUGUACACUAAAAGCUCUCACUUGAAAGCGCACAGAAGAACACACACAGGAGAAAAACCCUACAAAUGUACAUGGGAAGGAUGCACAUGGAAGUUUGCUCGGUCUGAUGAACUAACAAGACAUUUCCGAAAACAUACUGGAAUCAAACCUUUCCAGUGUCCAGACUGUGACCGCAGCUUCUCCCGCUCUGACCACCUUGCCCUCCAUAGGAAACGCCACAUGCUAGUUUGAAUGGCUCCGUCCCCUGCCUCAGCGUGGCUCCCCACUCUCCUGGCUCUCUCUCUGUCCUCCUUCCCAUGAUCUAACUCAUUUUUUACAUGUACAUUUUAAUUUGGAUUCAGCUGGCCUGAAUCUCAGAAUUUAUAUCAUUCAAACUUCCAUAUGGUCAGUAGUAGAUGUUCUCUAAUCCUCUUCCUUACCACGGGUCAGACCUAAAGAAUGUGAACUCUUUUUUUCUUUUUUUUUUUUUUUUUUUUUUCCGGGGAUGCUAAGCAAACCCUUCUUACAGAUACGUUUAAUGUAAUGAGAACAAGGGAACAUGUAAACUUAAAAUAGCCAAUUGUCGAUUUCUCCAUGUAUUUCUCAAAAGAAUGUCAAAGUAAAUGUAUUAGAAAUACAGUAUCCAGCCUUCAAGUCCUUGCCAGGGGACCUUGA